ACGCAACCGUUGUGAAUUUGGCUUCAAAAUUUUUGCGGAACGCGCCGAGAGCGCCGUCCGGAAUUCCGGAGUUUUUGCACGUUGGCAGGGAAGAAGAACAUUUUGUGUGUGUGUGUGUGUGCGUGAGGUGAGGUGAUUCGCACAAGAUCUUUUGGAUUCUUCGAAUCUCUAUUGUGUGAUCGGUAAAAACUUGCAGAAAAAAGAUCGGGCGAACAAUAAGGGUAAAUACGUGCGUUCUCUCUCUCACACAGACACAUUUUUUAGGUUAGGUUAAGGUAACGGGGAGUAUUCCGAGAUAGUAUUUUACGUGGACGGACGUUCUCUGGAAUUUGGGAUCGACAAAAAAAAAGUCAAGUCCGAAGUGGUAUAUCGGUUACAUACUUUGUUGUAACUUAAUCAACAUAUUGCAAUUUAAAUUUGAUACACUUAGGCGAUCUGUGAUACCGAUCAUUGCUUUGCAGUUUUAUUUGCUCGGAACGAUCAGACCCCGAGAUAAGAUUCCUGCUCGCUUAUCGGUAUAUUUUUUUCGCAUCAUCGGUAUCGUCGUCACAUUGCGUGAAAUUUUGUAAUAUCGUGCAAUGGCCACCUGGGACGGUUCGUGCCCGGAGGAUCCAAAUAUCCUCGUGUACUCCAAUCGGAACACAUCUGGCAACGCUGCGAACAACUGGCCACAGUUCGCCAGCAAUAUCGCUUGUCUGCGGAACGUGCCCGCGGAUAGCUAUUACACAAGAAACGGCAAUCGGUAUCCACAUCAAGAACAGACCGGAACUACCAUCGCGUUUUAUCAGCAGCACUCGAACGCGAUGAUGUCUUUGGAUCAUAGCCGUCGUCAGGACCAUUUACUGCCAAACGUCGCGUCUAUCGACGACGCGCAAAUGUCGAGCAACAAUUUCCAACACUCCACGAGUGACAUGCCUUCGACAUCUCUGCACAACGUGUCUUCUUCCGGUGACAAUUACAAUAAGUCAAAAUGGACAAACAAUUCGGCGAUCAGCAAGCAUAUUCCAGGUUCCGAGAACAAUAGUGUCUUGUUUGACAUAGUGGAGAAUUCAAAUUUGCAUGCCUCAGCCAGUGAAUUUGUGCCGAACGAUAUCAAACCGAGAAAAGAAAAAUUUAACAAAAGGAAUAGGUAUAAUAAUAAUAACGUAGUGGAUAAUACUUCCGAUAAUACUGGUAGACAAAACUUCAGAUCUUCUAAAUCGUUUCCCAAGAACGCGUACUUGUCAGAUAACAGAUACAAGAACAAUUAUAACAACAGUAACAAGUUUUACUCUUCCGCUAAGAAGGAUGUGAAUUACAAACAGAAGAAUUUUCAAGACCCACAGAUUCCACCUACAAGAUCCAGCUACAGAGAUAAUCAAAGAACUCCCAACGCAAGGAAUUUCAACAAAUUUCAAAACAGCAGAUAUUACAACAACAGAAAGCAUCAGUCAAACUCUUCUCUUGCGGAACAGAAUUCUUUCGAUGAGAAUUUUACAUCAACAUUCGCAGAUACGUCAAAUACUCAAGAUAACACAUCUAGGUCUUCUAACAAAGAUGUUCGAGAGAACAAUUCAUCUUCGAGCGCGAAACAUAACGCAAAUGAAGAGAGGACACUUGUGCAUCAGAUUAAUAAUCAUUCUAAAAACGCGUUAUCGGAUAUUUCUGAUGUACAGCAAAAUAAAUCUAAGCGAUUAUCUUCUAAUGGAUCUAAUUAUUACAAGUACAAUUUUAAUGAUACACAAACCGAAUUCGGCCCUAAAUAUAGAACGGCAGCAGCUUCGAUGAAAUGCGCGUAUAGAAGAAACAAUGAGGCAAAUCAGAAGGAGACACAAGUAGAUAACUGGAGAAGUAGAACAGAGAAAGAUGAGACGGCACAAGCGCAAAGAAAAACUCCCAAGAAAAAAUAUGAAAAUGAUAAUCAUGUGAGUCAAAGAGAGAGAUUAAUGGAACAGUUGAACAAAGGAACGUUGGAGUGUCUAGUUUGUUACGAGCAUGUCAAACAAACCGAUUAUGUUUGGUCCUGUUGUAAUUGUUAUCAUGUGUUGCAUCUGAAAUGCAUCAAGAAGUGGGCAAGAUCCUCACAGAGUGAUAACGGUUGGAAGUGUCCGGCUUGUCGGGACGUCAGCAUACAAGUUCCUGAAGAUUACUUUUGCUUUUGUGGAAAGAUGAAGAUACCGCAGUGGAAUCGCAGAGAUGUGGCGCAUACAUGCGGCGGGACUUGCGGUCGAAAACUAACAAAAAAUUGCAAUCAUAAAUGCACUUUGCUUUGCCAUCCUGGCUCAUGUCCGCAGUGCGAGGCAAUGGUGACCAAGUAUUGCGGCUGUGGAAGAACAUCGCAGAUGCUUCUGUGUAGCACCCAACAGCUGUUAUUGUGCGACUCGAUAUGCAACAAGGUUCUGUCGUGCGGCAAACAUUUCUGCCAGAAAAAAUGCCAUCAUGGAGAGUGCGAACCUUGCGACAAAACUGUACAACAAACUUGCUUUUGUGGAAAAAAAACACAAGAAGUGCCUUGUCGAGCCAACGUCACGGAUAUGUUUUGCUGUGACAAUGUUUGUAACAAACCGUUGGACUGCGGUAAACAUUAUUGCCAAAAAGUCUGUCAUUUGGAGCCUUGCGAAUUUUGCAGCUUGGCACCAGAAAAAGUUACCGUGUGUUGCUGCGGUCAAACACCUUUAACAGAAAAAAGAGAGAGCUGUUUAGAUCCUGUGCCUACUUGCAACAAAAUCUGUUCCAAGCCUCUGGCUUGCGGUCGGCCUAGUAAUCCGCAUACCUGUAAGAUGCGAUGUCACACUGGCGAUUGUCCCGAGUGCGAUCUAACUACGGAAGUUAAAUGCCGAUGCGGUAAUAUGAAUCGCGAGAUUCCUUGCCGAGACUUGACGAGCAAAGCCGACGACGCGCGUUGCGCGAAGCGUUGCAAGAAGAAGAGAUCCUGCGGCAAGCAUAACUGCAAUCAGCUGUGUUGUAUCGAUAUCGAGCAUAUUUGUCCGUUACCGUGCUCAAAGACCUUGAGUUGCGGUCGUCACAAGUGUCAGGAAAGAUGUCACAUAGGACGAUGUCCUCCCUGUUUACAGAGCAGUUUCGACGAAUUGUACUGCGAGUGCGGCGCUGAGGUGAUCUACCCGCCAGUACCGUGCGGCACAAGAAGACCCGUUUGCAAUCGACCUUGUUCACGUCCACAUUCCUGCGCUCAUGAGGUGUUGCAUAAUUGUCACAGCGAACUUACUUGUCCACCUUGCACCGUUCUGACUCAGAGAUGGUGCCACGGUAAACACGAGCUCAGAAAAGCCGUACCGUGUCAUGUGACCGAGCUCUCAUGUGGUCUGCCUUGCAACAAACAGCUGUCUUGCGGACGUCACAAAUGCAUCAGAAUGUGCCACGCUGGAUCGUGCGAAUCAUCUGGACAACAAUGCAUGCAACCUUGCGCUAUAAAGAGAGAACUAUGCGGGCAUAUCUGCGGUGCUCCGUGCCACGAAGGCAAGUGUCCGGAGUUGCCGUGUAAAGAAGUGGUUAAGGUUACGUGUCAGUGUGGACAUAGGACUUCGAGUCGUGUCUGCAAUGAGAAUGCGCAGGAAUAUAUGAAGAUAAUGAGCGUCCUGGUGGCUAGCAAAAUGAAGGACAUGCAGCUUGGCCAUUCGAUUGACCUGGAAGAAGUGUACGGUCAGAAUGCAAAGAAGCAGAAUCAGCUAAAGACUUUGGAGUGCAACGACGAGUGCAAAACGAUCGAGAGAAACAGAAGACUCGCUUUAGGACUGCAGAUCGUCAAUCCAGAUUUGAGCGGCAAAUUGAUGCCCCGAUAUACCGAUUACUUGAAACAGUGGGCCAAGAGAGAUCCGUUCUUCUGUCAAAUGGUUCAUGACAAACUGACGGAAUUGGUGCAGUUAGCGAAAACUUCUAAGCAGAAAUCCCGAAGUUAUUCGUUCGAGGUUAUGAAUCGUGAAAAGCGCCAUUUUGUUCACGAGUUGUGUCAGCACUUUGGCUGCGAAAGUCAAGCUUACGACGAGGAACCGAAGAGAAAUGUCGUUGCCACUGCCGUAAGAGAUAAGUGUUGGUUACCGAGUUAUAGCUUGCUGGAGAUAGUUCAGAGGGAGAAGGGGCAAAGAAAAGUUCCAGGACCGGUGCUAAACACUUCGAUAGGAAAUAGCUCCACGAAGACUGUUCUUUCGUUACCUGCGAAACAAGGUCAACAAUCGAUGUCAACAAGUGUAAAAACCCCUGACAAAGAAAUCGAUUAUUUUGAAUAUCAAGGAUAAAUCGGUUACUCGUCGCUGACAUGUAAAAAAAAAACAGGUUAUAUAAAAUGGUAAUGUGUGUGUGUGUGUAUAGUAUCGCGAAUGACUCACCUUAUAUAUGUACAACUCAUUACGUACUUGUAAUUUAUAACAUCGAUAAUUUAAAAAAAAA